UGUCAAACAAAUUUGUAUCAAUAAAUAUUUUUUAGGUUAAUUUAAUUUGAAAACAAUCAUCCUAAAUUAUUGUAAUUUUAAAUCUAAAUUAAUCCAAUCAAAUUCAAUAAUAUUUAGUUAUGGACUUACAUUCGACACCCAGACAUUUUUCUGGGCAGUUAUACAAAUACACGAACGUUAUGAAGGGCUGGCAGUACCGAUAUUUUAUGGUCGACGCUCACGCGGGUCUGCUCCAUUACUACCUGUGCGAAGGCGAAAAGCCCGACGGGAAUGUGCCAAGAGGAUCAGUGCAUUUGGCAGGUGCUGUCAUUUGUCCGAGCGACGAGGACUCGAAGACGUUCACUGUGAAUUGUGCCUCUGGUGACAUGUUGAAACUACGGGCGCAGGAUGCACGAGCUCGUCAGGAGUGGGUUAACGGCCUGAGAGCGGUUGCGGAGUCUCACACAAAAGCGAUCAGCGUUCACAGUCCGCCACUACCACCUCGUGAGCAUUUGGCAGUACUUGACGCGAUGGGUAGCGUCCGAACACAACUGCAACAAACUGAACAGGCGGAUGCCGCUUUGUGUCGUGUCAUCGAAGCAUCGGGCGGUAAAUGUUUUACGGAUCCCAACCUACUGUUACUUAAAGCAACUUCUGCGGCAUCUUUACAUUGUCUAUUUCAAUGUCUGAAUAUUCUUCAAAGGAACCAACACCAACAGGCGAGAACAGGGAAAAAGUAUUCGGAAUCUGUUGUUAGGACCAGCAAGUCGACUUCACUUAUCAGAGAACUAAGGUGUUGUUGAGUGAUUUUAAGUGGCAUUUUUUAUUUAUUUGUAUAGAAACUGUACAUAGAUUAGUCGUAAAUCAAUUACUUAUUAUCAUGACUGACAUUUUUAAGGCAUUUAAUGUAGCUACUUAUUUAUUUUGUGGUAACUUAAUUAAUGUAAGUUGACUGUAUAGUUGUAAAUAUAAAUCUGAUUGC